CCCGCAGCAGCAGUACCGCCUCCUGUAGGCGCAAUUUGCCCAGGAAACAGAGGACCGUUUUUAUUCUGCUGUUUACUGCGUUAGCGUCCGCUUUCUUUCUUCUGCGCUACGUGUGUAAGCGCGUCCUUAACUUCUUUCAACAUGCUUCCGAUGCGGAUCGAAAGCGGCUGUGGGAACAUUUGAAGCGGGCCAAGUGAAAUGCAUCCCCGGAGCGCUGAACCUGUUCCAUCCCGCACACAAAGCCUGUGAAGCAGGCCGUGUUUUUCCUCACAUAGAGACACCGCGCUGAUGAUGCUCAAACAUGUCGGGGAAUUAUUACAAAGGCAACGAAGUCAGCUGCUGCAUCAAAUACUUCAUUUUUGGAUUCAACAUCCUGUUUUGGCUGCUAGGCAUGGCCUUAGUUGGAAUUGGACUGUGGGCAUGGAGUGAGAAGGGGGUUCUGUCCAACAUCUCGUCCAUCACAGACCUGGGGGGGCUAGACCCAGUCUGGCUCUUCAUGGUGGUCGGUGGGAUCAUGUUCAUUCUGGGCUUCGCAGGAUGCAUUGGAGCACUGAGGGAAAACACGUUUCUACUCAAGUUUUUCUCCGUGUUUCUGGGAAUCAUCUUUUUCUUGGAGUUGACGACGGGAAUCCUGGCGUUUGUCUUCAAGGACUGGAUUAAAGACCAGCUCAACCUGUUCAUCAACAAUAACAUUCGGGCGUACCGGGACGACAUCGAUCUACAGAACCUCAUUGAUUUCACUCAGGAAUAUUGGGACUGCUGCGGUGCGUUUGGAGCCGACGACUGGAACCUGAACAUCUACUUUAACUGUACUGAUGCGAAUCCCAGUCGGGAAAAGUGUGGAGUUCCCUUCUCCUGUUGCACCAAGGACCCGGCGGAGGAUGUAAUAAACACUCAGUGUGGAUACGACAUUCGAGCUAAACCAGACUCGGAGCAGAAGGACUACAUCAAUGUGAAAGGCUGCGUGCCGCAGUUUGAGAAGUGGCUACAGGACAACCUCACCUUGGUGGCCGGGAUCUUUAUUGGAGUUGCACUACUGCAGAUUUUUGGAAUUUGUUUGGCCCAAAACUUAGUGAGUGACAUCGAAGCUGUGCGAGCAAGUUGUUUCUUUACCUGAUGCUGAAGCAGCAUUUUAAUUCUAACAGCUCCGGGUCUUUGAACGCACCUCCUUGAACACAGUGAGGGGAACAUUCAUUCAGAGGACCUCACAGAUCACCUGCACCCUUUUGUUCACUGAACCAGCACCUUUUUUCAAGGCACUAAUAUGUGAAAUGCUCUGUAUAUAACACUAUGUGUGACUUCUGUAAAAAAAAGAGGAAAAAAAAGAGAAUUGUUGGAGAGGAUGGUUUAACAUGCACUACAUGCAGGUCGUCACAAUGCUCCAGUUUUGAUAGCUACAUGUAGAGAGUAGGAGUUUUGAUACAUCUUUUUGAUAUUAGAUCGGUAUUUUUCACUGUGGGGGAAAAAAAAACACUCCAUCGCUAAACCCAUCAUGUAGGACUGUGACAUAGUUGUGUACAAGAAACUGAAGAUCUGCUUAUAUUUAAGUUGAGUGCUUGCUUUACGUACCUUUCCACCACUUGUCUAGGACUGAAGGCUCCGGUGGGUGAAGUCACAACUGGAAACGGGGAAACAGGAUGUUCCUUUUUUUUCUCUCAAAUAACACUUUUAAAUAACCUGCUUUAUCUACAAACCUAAAACAGAAUUCCUGUUGUUGCAAUAUCAAUGAAUUGCACUUCCUGUUGAGUGACAGUCAGACAGCAGUAUGUAUAUUUGUGCGUAUUGUUGUGGCGGCAGAGAUGAGCUAAAUAUUCUCCAGAUACUAACUCAUCCAGAAAUUAAAGAAUGACUACAAAUUACUCCCAAUUAUUUAGCAUUAUGAGUUCCUUCUUAACUAAGGGAUCUGUUAAUUUAGUGGAGUAUACUGCUUUUCACAUUUAGGUCUGGGUAUCGAAAAACACAAUUUUUGUUUGGCAUUGACCAAAACCUGGCACUGAGAGUCCGAUACUUUAAUCAGAUAUUAACCGAUUUAAUCCUUUUCUUUCCAAUUUAAGUAUUUUUAUUUGUUCUUGUAUGGCCACUCGUGUUUUGUCAACAUUUAAAAUGCGAACAUUGGCUCGUUUUUAAGUCUUAUCUCGAUACAAUACAUUUAAUAACAAGUUAUUGGUUGCUAUAUUAUUCCUUCUGUCAAUACUGACAUGAUCCCUCGGUAGCACAAUGAUCCACAGUCCUCGCGCCGUGUAAAAAUGCUAUCCAGAGUUCGAAGCUGAAGCGGAUACAGUUGGAGUUUAGCCGAAUCAAGAAGGAAUCUUUGUCCCAGCGACACUUUGGAAGAAACGCUGAUGCACCGAUUUGGCUAGCAGAAGGAAUUUCUUUUUGACCAGUUUGGACGGGAGGAGUGAUGGAACACUUUAACACGUGGCAUGUGGGUACUAACAUGGGCUUCAAAACUAAUGAGUUCAAUACAAAUAAAAUACUUAUUUGUAUUUCUUAAAGUAAGGAAUUUAAAGUCAGUUUUGGCAUCUGUAUCAAAAGUCAGCACAGGUAGCCCCGUCUUAUCAAGUCAGUCGUUCUUAAACGUCUGGAUAAUUAUGAAACGUGUUCAAGCUCUGAUCCACGUAUGACUCCGAAAAGUAUCUGUAACAGUCAUCGUUUCAUAUUGUGGUCCUUUUCCAUGAAGGUUUGUUUUACUCGCCAGGUUAGACCAUGAGCCGUAGAUCAAGUCAUGUGUCUGGUGUGGACCUGAGCAUUGAAUAGACUUCACAUUGUGAGAUGGGCCUUUAGGAACACUUUCAAUAUUUUCUUAUACAUUUCUGCCCGUACUCUAAUGAAAAGAAACCUGGCAUGUGUAUCCCAUGAUUGUCUUUUAUGUGUAUUUUUGACACAUCAGUAUACACAAUAUUGAAUGAUCGAAAUCUUUAAAUCCAUUCUGUAUUUGAAACAAAAUGGACGAUGAUUAUUUCUCAGCGUUUCUUUUUGAUGGUUUAAAGAUGAUUUAUUUGCUCAAAGCAUGCAUCACUUGAUUGGUUUUGCAGUAUUCUUUCAAUAAAGUAUGUCCAGAUUGA